UGGGCGACUCGGUCAGUCAGCCAGCCCUGGAGAACGGGCACGUAUUUAAAUAACCGCCCUCCGUGCCAUGUUUCUGUUGCCUAACCCUUCUCAUGCGAUUGGGAUUUGGUCCAGCCACCUGGUCAUGUCGGUAUAUCUGCCGAAUAAAGCCCUCGGAUGGCCGUACCCCUAGCCACAGUACAAACGAGACAGCGAGAAUAUGCACCCGUGCCAGGGAACGGAGUAGCUGUUAUGAGAUGAAACACCAUUGGAGGCAGUGUGUCAUGGUUUGGAGAGGUUACACCACUGCGGCAGGGUUAGCUAAUCUGCAGAUGAUUGUGACAUGGGUCUGCCAACCGGACUGGAGGGUAAUGACUCGAGGGAAGGGUGAUGACGACAAUUCAAUCAUGUCUGCAGUCGCAUUGGAUGGAUUGUGUAUGCCUAAUUUGUACGACAGCCAGGUCUCGCAGUGGACUUACUUUGACGGUCCUGGACUGGAUCCAGGUUAUCCAUGCCCAUCUGCCGUGCAUAUACGGACUCGGCUCUCAGUAACUCCGGAGGUGGAAACAUCCGAAUUGAUGAUGGAUUAUUUGACUCGGUCAAGCGUGGAUUUGUGAUUGGAUUGGAGGUGGAGGUGAAGUGCAGCAGUUUCGGUCUUUACUCGGCAGGUGUUGUCC